CGUUCGCUAUCUCCUCUUCCUCCUCCUCUCCUCCCCUCUCUCUCCAGCGUCGCACGCCCUCUCUCUCUAGCAUCUCUCCUCUCCCUCCUCCCAGCUCGCGCGGGAGACACUGGUCAGAGGCCAGGUCGAGCGCGGCGGGGCGUAGGGGGCGAGCUCCGCUGGUCCCGAGGGCACCGGAGGGCCAUCGGCGCUGCCUCUGGCGGCCGGCGGGGCGGCAUGGGCAGGAACGGGAGCGUCAAGCGGGGCGCGGCCGCCGCGGCGCCUCCGUCGUUCACGGUGAACCCGGCCGACUACCGGCUCAUGGAGGAGGUGGGCUACGGCGCGCACGCCGUCGUGUACCGCGCGCUCUUCCUCCCCAGGAACCAGACCGUUGCCGUCAAGUGCCUGGAUCUCGACCAGCUCAACAACAACAUCGAUGAAGUACAAAGGGAGGCUCAAAUAAUGAGCUUGAUCGAUCACCCUAAUGUCAUCAGGGCUUACUGCUCAUUUGUUGUGGAGCACAGUCUUUGGGUCAUAAUGCCAUUCAUGACGGAGGGUUCAUGUUUACACUUGAUGAAGAUUGCGUAUCCUGAAGGUUUCGAGGAACCUGUCAUUGCAUCAAUUUUAAAAGAAACACUCAAGGCUCUGGAGUACCUUCAUAGGCAAGGACAAAUCCAUCGUGAUAUCAAGGCUGGUAACAUCCUUAUUGAUAGUGCUGGUGUAGUGAAGCUUGGGGACUUUGGCGUUUCUGCUUGUAUGUUUGAUAGAGGUGAUAGGCAAAGAUCUAGGAACACAUUUGUUGGAACUCCAUGCUGGAUGGCUCCAGAAGUGCUCCAGCCUGGCACUGGAUAUAACUUCAAAGCCGAUAUAUGGUCGUUUGGAAUUACUGCACUUGAACUAGCGCAUGGACAUGCUCCAUUUUCGAAGUACCCCCCUAUGAAGGUUCUUCUCAUGACUCUCCAGAAUGCGCCACCUGGUCUUGACUAUGACCGAGACAGAAGAUUUUCGAAGGCAUUUAAAGAGAUGGUUGCGAUGUGCUUGGUGAAAGAUCAAACAAAGAGGCCGACGGCUGAGAAGUUGCUCAAACAUUCAUUUUUCAAAACUGCAAAACCUCCAGAAUCGACAAUGAAGGGUAUGUUAACUGAUCUACCUCCUCUAUGGGAGCGUGUAAAGGCACUCCAGCUUAAAGACGCAGCACAAUUGGCUUUGAAGAAAAUGCCUUCUUCUGAGCAGGAGGCACUUUCCCUGAGUGAAUACCAGCGAGGUGUUAGUGCGUGGCACUUUGAUAUUGAAGACCUCAAGGCUCAAGCAUCACUAGUAAAGUUUACUGUUUUCUUUUUGCUUAAUUUCCAUUAUACCUUAAUUGCCUUAUUAUUAAGCUAUCUAAGUUUCCAGAUUUAUGAGGAUGAACCAUCUGAAACAAAAGAAGACGAUGUCGCUGCAAGAAUCAUUGAAUCUGAAAAGAGUUUAUAUUCAAGGACCCCUUCAGGACAGUCGUCAUCUGCAAAUGAAAAUACCUGCAGUGAAGAAACCUCUACGACGAAUCCUGAUUGUAGAAGGAUGCCCAAUGGACAUGAAAAUUCUAGAUCAGAGAAUGAUUCAUUGCCAUCUACAUCAAGGGAACCAGAGUCGAAAUAUUGGAGAACUAAUGUUGGACAGAAACAACAGACUUCUGGGGGUCCAGUUGAAGGUGGUGUUAAUAGCUCAACAACUGAAAGGAGCCAUAAUUUUGAAAGGGAUGCAACUGCUGACAAACAUGGAAGUGAUACGAGAAGAGCCGCAAAUCUUAGUGGUCCAUUAUCAUUGCCAACUCGUGCCUCUGCAAACAGUUACUCAGCUCCUAUACGGUCUUCAGGAGGAUAUGUAGAUUCAUUGGGAGAUAAAUCUAAACGUAGCGUGGUGCAUAUUAAAGGCCGCUUUUCUGUGACAUCUGAGAACGUUGAUCUUGCGAAGGUUCAGGAAAUUCCAUUGAGUAGCAUCUCACGCAAAUCACCACAGGGUAUACAGCUAAGAAAAUCCGCAAGUGUUGGUGAUUGGAUUGUCAAUGCCAAACCAAUGUCUAACAGUCAUCAUCUGAAGGAACUCUGCAAUAGCUCGGUAUCAUCGUCUGUUCUCAUUCCCCACCUUGAGAACCUCGUGCAACAGACUACGCUUCAGCAAGAUCUGAUCGUGAACCUACUAAGUAGCAUGCAACAGAAUGAGAAAGCUGACGGUGCACAGUCUGGAACGUCGUCGCAAGUCCGAAAUAUGCAAAGUGAGACGGUGGUUGAAACAUCUAAUACUGAGAAAGAACGGACAUUACUUGUUAAAAUUUCAGAGCUGCAGUCUAGAAUGAUUACUUUGACUGACGAACUGAUUUCAGCCAAGCAAAAACAUGUUCAGUUGCAGCAAGAACUUAAUGCAUUAUACUGCCGAGAAGAAAUAGAAGACAUUAGGGACGAGGACAACGAAGAAACAUAGCAAGGUGAAACGUUCAGCUGAUAUGGGUACCCGCACUUAGCUUUCGCAUCAUCUGAGAGUUUCAUAAGAGAAGCAGUACUCGCGGAAGCUACAUAUAUAUAUAUAUAUAUGUAUAUCCGAAUAAGCGCCGUCAGAAGAAGAAGAAGAAAAUGGGGACGUGCUCCUUGGCCUGUUGCCAUCAGUGUGUAUAUUAGUUUUUAUUUAGCUUCUUUUUCGGUUUAAUUUAUUCAAUAGGUUUUGGUGGGUCAUAGAUAGCGGUACUGUGCAUUCCCCUGCUAUGGCCCCACCUAUCAUUCAAACAUUUGUGAUUAUCCCGUAGAUUGUGUAGGGUGCCCGUUGGUUCGAACAGCUUGCAGAAGAAUGCAAAAUAAAUAAAUUGUACUUUAUUCAGCAGUGGCAUGUAUAAUUUUGUCGCUGAUUAAGAGCUUUGCUGAACUUA